UCGAGCAGACAGGAAGGCACUGCGGUAUGCAGUAGCACGGUCGCACAACAUAUCGAUACGGACGGACGACAGCACGGCUACUGAGCACCUCGCGGUGAGGUUGCUGAUCUCCGCAAAUCAUGGGCUCGUGUGCGCGCUGCGUGCGCGUUGCGGCCAGUCGGGUGCAAGGCGCCGGCCCGCGUGCGUUGCUUCCCUUUCGGGUCCGUCCACAUCAAUUUCAUCGCUGCCUGCCGCCAGGGGAUCCUUCUGCCGGUUCAAUCUUUCCCACACUGCUCCAUAACCGCUCGCUUUGCGCGAACCGAGUGCGACGCCCAUGUCAACGCAGUUCUUCAAUUGACCAUGUACGGCGAGAAAUGCACCAGGAGCCGGGGCGCGGCACUUCGUCGCACCCAACAGGAUCGAAAUCAGCUGCCAAAGCAGCCUUGCGAAAGGGCAAGCAGGCACGUAAUGAGAGUGCAACUGCAAGUGACGAUGUUAGCAAGGGAGUUCAUGAGCCCUUACCGCCAGGCUGGAACAUGGUUAUUGGCAUCGAAUGUCAUGCUCAGAUCAAGACCAAGCACAAGCUGUUCAGCCCCUCCCGAAUACCGCCCUUCUAUCCGCCUGCCGCCCCAAAUACUCAUGUGGCGCCGUUUGACCGUGCGGUGCCAGGCACACUUCCGAAGUUGAACCACGAAGCCGUCGAGCUUGCCGUCAAAGCGGCUCUAGCACUCGGCUGCGAAAUUAUGCCCGAUGCACGAUUCGAUCGAAAACAUUAUUUCUACCACGACCUGCCACCUGGGUACCAAAUUACCAUGAAAUACAAACCGCUCGCCAAAUCCGGGAGCCUGCGUUUGCGUUUCGACGAGGGCUACCUGCCGUCACCACAACAGGAGCUGACAGUCCAAAUCGAGCAACUACAGAUUGAGCAGGACACUGCAAAGACGUACACGAGCCUCAGUGCCGAUGGCAGUACGACCCUGCGGCAGGUGGAUCUUAAUCGGGCGGGGGUGGGCCUCAUGGAGAUCGUCAGUGCGCCGGAUAUGCGAACACGGGAGCAGGCGGGCGCGUACGUCCGAAAAUUGCAGCAGGUGCUUCGGAAAGUGGGUGCUUCGGAUGGGAACAUGGAGCAGGGGUCACUGCGAUGCGACGUGAACGUGUCGGUCCAUCAGGACGGGCAACCGUGGGGGACACGCACGGAGGUGAAGAACGUCUCGUCGCCGAAGUUCAUCAUGAACGCUGUAGCUUCCGAGGCGCGUCGUCAAGUGCAAGCCCUGCUGCGAGGCGACAAGGUCGUGCAGGAGACGCGCGCGUACGAUGAGCUGAGCGGGGAGACCGUCUCGCUGCGGAGUAAAGAAAAUGCUAUGGAUUAUCGCUUCAUGCCCGAUCCGAGUUUGCCUCCGCUAGAUAUCACGGAGGAGAAGUUACAGCAUGUGAGAGAUGCACUACCGGAGCUGCCGGAUGCUUUGCGGGACAGGCUGGUCGCGUCAUACGGCUUGAAUGGCAGGGACCUGAACGUGCUGCUCCGUCUCGACGACGGCAAUGAUAGUGGUGCUCUAGAUGCGGAUUCCAAGGAAGCAGCGCAUCACAUGACGGCGCUCGGAUUGUUUGAAGACACGGCCAAGGGGCGCGACCCGCUGGUAGUUUGCAAUUGGAUCAUCAACGAGCUGGUCAGCGCACUAGGAGAUCGACCGUUCAGCCGCAAUCCAGUCAGUGCACAGCAGCUAGGCGAGCUGAUUGACCUGGUAGAGAGCAAGCGUAUCACCGGUAGCGUCGGCAAGGCGCUGCUCUCGGAGCUUGCCUCGAUGCCUCCAAGCAUAUCGAUGACGACGAUGGAAGAAGCUGUGCAGCGGCCAGUGCGCUUGCUGGAGCUGCUACGCGCGCGGGGCCAGCUUUCGCUGGAGGCGGACGAGCUGCAGCGCGUGUGCGCGGAUGUGGUGCGCGACCUGCCGCAGGAGGUCGGGCUGGUGCGCCAGGGCCGGACCAAGGUGCUGAUGCGCCUCGUCGGCGAGGUGAUGAAGCGCGCCCGAGGCCGUGCGGACGCGCAGGGCGCGGCAGAGGUGCUCAGGGCGCAGAUCGCAGCAGCUGGGACCUGAGAGGCACUGGGCUGCGUGGCGACAUGUCAACUAUAACAGUGUCUGUGCGUUGUCUCGCUGUGCAAAGCCCGCGAUAUACACGCAACGCGACGGAUUCCGACCUGCGCGCUCCGAGACAAGCAGGGAGAUAUAUCUCCUCGCCGUACGUGGGACCAUUAGUCUCUCGAAAUCCGAGUCGUCUCUCUGCUCCCUCACUCGUCCACAACCGGACAGGGGAUGAGCCGUAGGAAUACUGGCCUUGGCGGGCAUUCCCGCUCUCUGUUCCUUUGUCGCACUUGUGGACGAGUUGUUCGGUUCAAACCCUCAGGAAAGUCUGUCGGGAUGGAAAAGGCCAAAACAGAAGCGAAGCGGCGAGCUUCUCACGACACAUUGUCGACGAUGCGCACAAUGCUCCCUGCGAGCUGUUUCGAACUCGGCAGCGUAUGUGUAGACUUUGUUGAAUGUAAUCUUGUAAAUCAUGUGGGGGGUAUGGAUGGG